GUUCACAAUGAAAUCAGGAAUUGGGCUCCACAGGUCAAAAUCUAAGGAAGAGUUUUUCACAACCUCACAUAACUUUUACCGGGCACAUUUAACACACAAGGAGAUGAAGAAUCUUAAGACCUCUUUUCACGAGAAAUUUCCAGUAUUUUGAAAGAGAAAAUCCCAUCGCUCCAAUAAAUAUUCUAGGAAUACAUCACCAAGUAAGAUAUCUGGGCAGAAUUCAUUGAAGUUUCCUGUGAAAAAGCCUCUGACCAAGAGAGUCAACCUACUGAGAUAUUCAGAUCCCCAGACACCCACAAAGAAUCCAAUUAAUCCAUGAUCUCUCUAUCGGUUAUCAAAAGCCACUCCGAAGACAACAGCUAAAUGUGAAAAGAGGAAGAAGCCAAGACCAGCACCUAUUCAAGUUUAUCAUAGUCACAGUAAGAGAGAGAUACAAACACCUAAACCAAAGAAUAUUUCUCUUGCGAGAGAGAAGACGACUUGUACUGACCCCAGCCAGUUUGAGAAACUUGAGCAAAGGGUUUCUUCAAAGGUGCCAACCUCUUUGGUUCCUAAAUACCCUCAGAUUUGAUGAAGUCUAAGGCCAUUUAACUCAUGUUACAACUCUCCAGGACUAAAGUUCAUGCCUGAAAUGUCUCCAAAGCUGGGUACCAGCAUUCCUCAUAAAUUUGAGCCUAAAACCCCAACUAAACUGAUUCAAAGGACAAAUUGUAGCAAAAUAUUGUUAAGACAGGGUACUUUCACAAAUCUUUCAGCAAGCCUGCUGAACAACCCUACUAGUCCUACGAACGAUCGAAAAUCGUUGGAGAAGUCUAUACAGUCUGUAGCCCUGGGGAACCAAGUUCUUGAGGCCAAAAUAACUGCUAAAAUAUCCAGAAUUAGGCUGCUAAAAGCAUCCCUUCAACAAGAAGAAUCAAUAAAUUUACAGUUACAAUUACAUUUUCGAAAUGUUCUUAUACAGAAAGAGAUUGCAUAAGUUCAUGCUAACCCAAAGAACCUCUAAUGCUGGCCGGUAAUCUAAGAUUAAAU